AUGACAACAAAUGAUAAGACAUAAAGAAAUCAAAUGCUCCAAAACAAUUAUAAGUGUUUAUUUAUAUCUACAUCCUUUAUUUGGUUAUAUUUUUGGAGUAAAGUUAUUUAACUAAGACCAUCAACUAUUUUCAAAAAAUCAAUCAUCUAUGGCUUUAUUUUGAGUACAUUUUAGGCUAGCUAUUAUGGAACACCUAAAUUAGAUAGAUUUUUAUAUAUUUAGCAAUAAAAAUGA